GUCUAUUUCUUAAUUUAAUUUAGUUUUGACAUUCGCCUGACUUUUAUGGCGGCAAACUUCGUUUGGCUGGAACUGAGAUCCUGUCGCUGGAUAGAAUGAAAAUCAUUUAAGAGUGUCGGGAGCGGGAAAAGCCUUAAAUGCAUUACUUUUCCGACUCAAUUCAAUCAACUUUCCCUUCAGCCCGAAAGUAUGCAGCAUUAAACGGGUAUACCGUGAACUUUCAGUAGCUUUCGUCUAUAUUUUGACAUUUCUAGAAGUUUCGGUGCCAUUCAAAGGAACCGUAGACGAUAGUUGACUCCUGUCAGCUGGGUGCACUUUCACCUUUCUUUCAAAUCGCAUCUGGGCCGGUUGUAGUAGGCGAUAAACUGUCACUUGUCACCCGUGUCAUAAACGUUAGGUCAGCAGAGGUGGCGAGUUCAUUCUUUCAAAAAUUGUCGCAGCGAGCAGAGCUCCUUGAAAAGUACAAAAUAAAAAAUAAAAAUUAAAUUCCUCUCAUUGAGUCGUUGUGUUCCGUGUCGAGCAAAAUACUUGAUUUUCGCCAUCCAGCACGCGCGUGUCCCGUUUUCGUUUAGAUCCGUAUAUCCCAAGUCCCAGACCCCGGUCCCCAAGAAAACACAGUCGCCCAAAAAGCACCACUAUCAUCUAAUACCCCUCCCAGUUUCAAAAGCCACAUAGAGCGACUACCCCGUCAGACAGUCAGUCUGUCCACCCCAAACGCCACCGACAAUCAUCGAACGAAGAACGAACUGCGAGGCGAUUUUUUGCGAAGAUAAACAAAAAGUGCGCACUCAUCAUGGUCACCGACUCGAAACCCACACCCUCCAAGUCCAACACCAAGGAGGUGCAGUGCCAGCACUCGGCCUGCGAUGAGCCAAAGCCGGAACCGGCUCCCCUGGCCACCCCGAAGAGCGGUCGCGUGGGCAUCUUCAAUGCGGAGGACUUCCUCUCCCGCGCCCAGAUGAACGACAAGAUCAACAACAUUCUCCGUUCGCCGACCAAGGCCCCCAACGGUGUCCGCCAGCGUUCUGUCUACACCAACAACAAUCCCUCACCGCAGGCCACCAUGCGCUGCGUACCCCAGCUGGGUCCGCGUCUAAGCAGCCUUUCGUUGAGCGCCGCCAGCGCCGGUAGCGGCAUGGAGCGCGGGAGCAGCAGCACCAGCUUGGGGAACUCGACCAGUGUGGGCACCAACACGGCCGUCAUUGCCAAGGAGUGCUCUAGCCAGACCAGCGGCACCAGCCGCCCAUUCCUGCAUCUGGGCGUGCACCCAUCUGCUCAUGCUUCGUUCACCGCCAUGCCGCCCGUGGGCGCCAACUUUGAUCCGGUGGCCCUGGAGAUGGAUGCUGCCAAUAUAACACGCAGCGGAAAAGGUCUAACUGGUCGCUACAAUACCGGCUUUGGCUUCGAGACCGAUGGUGCCUUCUGCAUGCCGCAGGCUCAUCACACUCAACAGUUCCCGUCCCCGAUGCCGCCGCCGCCUUAUGCUCUGGGCCGUGUCAGUUCACGCACUUUCGAGUUCGACAACAAUACUCCACCGCCGUGCCCCGGCUCCGGCCCCAUCGCCAUGUCCAAUGGCACUAUUCAGCUGCGUCUGCGCGAGGGUGUGCGCAUUGACAUGACCCUGGACAAGGCCGUGCGCGUCCUCAACCAGCGCAGCAUGGUGGCCAUCGCCUUGUCGCGCAACUGCAGCAACUCGGCUCUCAUCCAUCCCAAUGGACGCAUCUUGCAGAGCGGCUCCAAGGUGGAGAUUGUGACCUAUGACGGCAUGAAAGCCAAUAACUUUGUUCGCUAUGCAAAAAUGUGGUACAAGGGCGUCAGCUUCACCAGCGAGUCGUGCGCUCUCAUCUAUCUGGUGGACACAGCCGGAACUCGCACCACUACCGACACCUUUACGGACUUGACCAAGGACUAUACACUAGCAGUGUUCUACGAUGACUCGCGCCACGGCCCAUCCUUUUUGCCGGAUGCCCAUGAGGUAAUCGCCAACUCAACAUACAACUGUGCCGAGGACGGUACCGAGGUGUACGACAUCAAUGGAUUCCGCAUCACGCAGGCGGCUGACGGACUGGUGAAGGUUACUCGCCAGCACAACAAGUGCCUUAUUCGCACUAGCCCGGGCAAUGGAUCGGCCACUCUGACUACCCCUGGCAUCCAUUGCACGGCCUCGUUGGGCAAGACCUCCCACCUGUUUGUUCGUCGUAAUGAGAAGCGCAUGCAUUUCGACGGAUCCUGUUUUAUUGUACGCAAUGCCGGACACUCGGCCGGAUUCAAUGAGAACAACCUGCUGAUUGUCUACUAAGUAACGCUCGCAACAUGGGAAGUGUCCUGGCGGGCUGGUCUCGGGCCCACCAACCCCGCCCGGGCAUUGCAAUCCGUCCCCAUAAACACACAAGACACCAUCACAGACACACAACAGACACAGACUCAAACGUCGACCUAGACACCUACAGCCCACCAAAAAACCCAAUUCAACAAUCCACAAGAAAACCAAAGAAUCACAAAUACCGGGCCUCGGCGUGGAGAGGGAUCAGAACACAGUUGAAGUAAAAAAAAAAAGGUCAAAGCUUGACAAAGGUCACCAAAAAAUAACAAAAAAAAAAAGUAUAUACUAUUAGUAUAGUGUGAUAAAUGCAAUAAGAGAGAGACAGCUCGAAAAAGGGCGCGAGCAACCAAAAAAAGCCAUCCCACGGUGGCCAAGAGUAGAGAAUAGAGUUAAGUCCUUCGUUCCUUGGCGCCGUGGGUUGAUGCUCUUCGAUUGCUCGACGUAGGCGCAACGCAACCACUAAGGAAUUAGUUUUUAGUUUACCCGUCACGUACCCCCCUGAAAAACAAUCCUCAAUCCUCGAUAAUCUUAUCUUUAUACGCCAACAGUUAUUUCGUAGUGAUAAGCAGGAUAUCUAAUACCAUAACUGCUUCAGACGCUGGCCAAGACGCCGACCCGUCGAUCGUCCUUCGACGAUCAGCCAGCGUUUAGUGUUAAACCCCAAAAAAAUAAAAUAAGUAUUCGUUUCGCGUUUUUCAAAACAAUUUUUCGGCUUUGUAACGAACCCCCUCCAAAUUGUUUCUUAACGAUUUUUCCAAAUUGUUCUUAUCUAUGCAAUAUCCUCAGCGAAAUUCCCAUAAGGCUAAAAAUUUAAAAACUUCCCCGCUAGAAAAUGCAUUAUUAAUUUAAACAAAAAAAAAGUAUAAAAUUAGAUAUAUCAAAAUUAAGCACUGAAACGGAGUGUUAAACAAUAAAAAGGCAGCCCAUGCAGCUGACUUGUGGACGAGUUAUUUGGCGUUACGUUUCGGAUAGCGUAACGCCAGUGUCAAUUCAGUUAGUUCUAAGUUAUUAGUUAACAAAUGCGUUAUGCAAUCCAAACAUGUUCAUCCUCACCCAAUUACCAAUUAACAAUUAUAUAUAAUUAUAAAGACACACGACGACACUCGACCAUCUAAUGAGCACGCGUCGAAAGUGAAUUCGAGUCAUUUUCAGUGUUCAGAAGAAUGCUAAAAUUAUCAAGUGUAGUAUGUACCAUCUGGUUAAGUGUACACUAGCACUAUGCAUUGCUGCCACUUGCAUUAUGCAACAUACUACAACAGUUACAUUAAUGAAACACAUACAAUGUACACACAACUUAAGUAAAACACAAAACACACUGAAAACCCUCAAAUACCUGACGCUGAAUGCAUUAUUCUUUUUAAGAAGAACACCAGCGAAAAAGUGAGAUAUUGUUACUGAAAAAAAAAAUAGAAUACGAUUUUUAAUUAGCUUACGCGACACUCGUCUACAAGAGGCAGCUGCCCAAAUGACUAGACAAACUAUUACCAUCCACACACCUCGACAAGCUACGGCACGCUACGAAGAAAGAAAUGUAUUAGCCUUACAACCGUCUCCAUGACCCAAAAUUUGUCAUCAUGUAGAACGAAAUUUAUGUGUACAAAAAUCGAUUUAAAAAAGUCAUAAAUGGUAAUCUAAAAAGAAA